GAAAGGUUAAUCUUAGUGUGGGAAUUAUAACUGGAUUUGUUAACAUGUGCAGAGGAAAUCAAACACUUACAUGUACACACGGCUUAGAAUGAAAAUCGUGGCGAUCCAAAUCUGGAAGACGAGGCGACCAAAUGCACACCAUUGUUUCACGCUUCUUGGGACAAAGAAAACGGCACAGAAAUAAUAAGAUUACUUCUAGAAUAUGGCGGAGAUAUAAACCGCAUGAAUAAAGUGUAUAAAACUCCUUUGAUGUUUAUAAUCCAAGAUAGUGUAUUACCCUAUCCAGAAAUCUGUGAACUGAUGGAAAGUGUUACACUAUUGGACCAAACUUCUGUAACUGGCGGGAAUAUGCUGCACUGGGUAAUGGACAUACAUCCGGACGAGCAAAGCGAAGGAUUUGACGAAACUAAUCAUUUUUGCAAUGAUUACAUCAGGAGACUGCACCGAAAAAAUAAAACAACAUUUUUGCAACUGUUACAUGGGACUGACGACGAUGGAGAUACCCCGUUACAUGUUGUAGCAUCAUGUGCUUGCUAUGAUUCGAUGUUGUAUUUCAUUGAACAAGGGUCAGAUGUAAACCGAAAAAAUAAUGAUGGCCAGACGCCUUUGCAUUAUCUAGCAGCAAGUGCUGAUUAUAGUGAAUUUUCAAGAUCGUUUGAAUUGCUUUUGCAGAAAGGAGCGCACAUUAACGAAAAGGACGCGACAGGUAAAGCACCACUGCACCAUGCAAUGUAUGAUGACGAUCUGCGUCACUCGGGUGUAAUUGAAACAUUUGUAAGUCAUGGGGCACGAAUUGAUGACGUAGAUAAUUGUGAACGAAACAUGAUUCACAGUGUUGUUCUUAAGAAACCCAGUGAUUUUUCUCAGUCUCUACAUGAUCAGAUUAUUCCAGCUUGUGUUGAAAUUUUAUCGAAAUGUGGAGUCGACAUAAAUGGAGAAGAUAUGUUUUCCCUUACUCCUUUGCAUUUGGCUGUCUUAAUACAAAAUGUUAAAGUCGUUGAUAAAAUACUUUCACUCGGCGGGCAAAUAUCUAAAACAUCAAAGACAGGUGAACACAGUUUGCACAGGUCUUGUUUGAGAUAUAUGAUAGGGCCAUCAAUUAUUGCAAAUUGCAAUAACAAAGAUAUUCUUAAUUCAAGAGACAGCUUUGGUUCAACACCACUGCAUUGGGCCAUAUGGUUUAGAGAACAAACAGUGAUUAAAUGUCUGUUAGAGAAUGGUGCCGAUACAAACAUUUGUGAUUUAAAUGGAUACAGUCCUUUAGAAUUUGCAGAGCUGUUAAGAUAUGACCAUUUAAAAAUGAUUACGACAAGGAGUAUAUCGGAAUCAAGAUAUGUCACAAUGAUAGAUGAUAUUGAAACUGAGUUUCAUGGAACUGAUGUAUUUGAAGAAUGUCCUUGGGUAAGCUUUAUAGAUAAAAUCGAUGGAAAAAUUGAUCUUACAGAAUGGAAGAAGCAUUUAAAAUUACACAAAGAUUCAUUAAGCAAGUUCGUCACUAUAGUUUUAGAUUCGCCUUACAUGGGGAUGUACUAUGAUAUUCCGGAGAACCAAACAAUAGGUAUUGCAAUUGAAACUGUAAUAAAAUGGCUUUCGGCCUAUGUGGAGAGAACUUACCCACUUCUGAAAUGUGAAAUACGCUUAGCUGGAAGUAAGUACGAGGGCACAAAGGUCAAUAUACAAGACGAGUUCGACUAUUUAUUUAGCCUGGUCAACUUCCAGCAACAUUUUAUACCGACUGAAUGCGCUUUAAAUUCAAGUGAAGUAAUAAUGCUCAAGCUUAAACAUGAAUGUGACCGAGAUAUUUUUUCUAAAUUUCUCACAGCUGAUGGAUUCCUUGAUAGUGCAAAGAUUAACUGUGCCCUGUACUCCACAAUAAAUGAAGGCAUUAUAAAGCUUUUCAAAGAGAAUUCGAAUACUGCUAUAAGAAGUCUUUAUAUUGAGGGCAUGUUAAACAGUGCUCAAGGGACUUUAUCGUGCCUUACUUUCCACUAUGUGGGUCCAACAGUAAAACUAGCUUCUAUAAGCGUUGAUAUAGUACCAGAAAUUAUUAUUAAGAAUUGGACACCAAAGGACAUACGGACAGAUUCUGUGCUUCUUAAUAAACUGAAAAAAGAAAGUUCCGUGUCAGUGGUAAUGAAAACCCCCGACCAAAAUUUUGUACCAAAUCACGAAAAAUAUUUCAGGAUAUCAUUUGGGGAUUGGGAGCAAGUGAUAAUUCGGAACUGUCCGCGUGCUGUAACGAAAGGUUACAUUUUGCUGAAAGCAUUGCUUUCGUCGAACUAUUUUCCAAAAAUUGUUGAUUCUGAAAAUGAAGAGAAUUUUGAUGUAAUAACAACGUACAAACUGAAAACAUGUUUUUUGCACGAACUAGAAAAGGCAGAACUUUCUAACGAUGAGACAUUAUCCAAUCAAAAUAUCGAGAAAGAGGUGUCUUUAGACUGGGCAAACAAAAUAAUAUCUAAUCUAGAAAAAUGUAUUUAUGAUUCUGAAUUACUAUCAUUUUUCUAUCCACGACGAAAUUUGUUGCUGAUUGAAGGAAGUGAAGUGAUGUAUUUAGACCACGAAUACAAAAUUCUUCUUGAUUGUCUGAAAGAACUUUUAAAAACAGGAUCAGACUUAUGACGAUAUGCAUGUAUAUUAGUAUUAACCGUAAACAAUGCCUAGAUUUAAAUUGAUCAAAUUAAUUAUAAAAAAAAUGACCGGGUAUUUUGUCUUGAGGAUAUUUUUGUAUUGUUAUAAUUGAUAAGUAAGGGAACUUAUAAAACGUGCAGUGCAUAAACAUACAUUUAGAUAGACAUAUUGUAUAUUUUUUUACUAGCUCCUUUCAUUUUGAUAACGUGCUUUAGCUUUAUGUUUUUUUGUGCUUCUUUGUUACAUAUUUGUUUGUUUUUAUAGUGAUUAAGAUUU